UUUUUAUCGAAGUUGUGAUGUUCAAAAGUGGAACUAAAGAAGUAAUGAACACUGAAACGUCGGUAGAUAUGUCGAGCUUCAGUACUAAAGCAGAUCAGCGAGUUGUCUCUGUAACGAAAAGUAAAUUACUUGAAGAAAAGCAUUUAACUGAUAAUGCACUUGUGAAGACGUCAAAGAAUGAAGAUUAUUCGAACACAGAAAACUGGGACCUUCCAACCGAAUUCGAAGUAGUGGAUUCAAAUGGACAAAAUGUUUCUUUAAACAUUACAGAUUCUCAAUGGAUACUAACACAGGAUACUGACAACAGUGCGACUUAUUACAUUCUUGUGAUUGAAAAUGGUGAAAGAGAAAUGGGUUCCAAUUUAGACUCUUUUAAAUCCAUUGAACUAACGGAUCAUUCAACGACAGAAUUUGAACAUAAAAUCGAUACCGACGACUUGUGUGAUGAUGAUGAUGUUUCAUUGUUUUCAAAUUUUGAAACUUAUUCAUCUCCUAAAAUAACUGAAGUCGAAACUGCAUGCUCAGAUGUUGGCAAACUCAAAUGCCCAGACGUCGGAUUGGCACCUUGGUGCGAUGGGAGUCCUUCAACUGUUGAGAGCUUCGAGAAUCCUUACUCUAGGCAUAAGAAACCACCGUUCACAUACUCCGAAAUGAUUAAACAAGCUCUCCUGGAGAAGCAAGAACUCACCGUAUCCGAAAUCUACCAAUGGAUUUCAGAUCACUUUCCAUACUACGAAUCAAAUGAUGAAAGAUGGAAGAAUUGCGUCCGGCACAAUUUGACACUAAGCCAGAAUUUCCAGAAAGGUGCCAAAGCACAGCGAGGGGCAAGUCACUUCUGGACACUUGAACAGAAACGAGAAAACAUCGAGCCAGCUGAAGAGAUUCUCUGUGGAGACCGAAAUAGUGACCUCAGUCCCAUCACAGAGGCAACGUCUCCAAUCGAAACAGAUUUUCUCAACCCAAUGGCGGUAGCACUAGGAGAGUCGAACCGGCUUGACGAAGUGGACGACCUGGAGGGCAUAGAUAUUUCUGAUCUCAUAACAGACCUAGAUUCGUUUGAUCGAAUCGUGCUUGAGGCAGAACUCGGUACCCUCGACGUAUCUCCUGAAGAGCUGGACCAGUACUGUGGACGGCAAAUCCGAUCGCCAUAACAACAAAUUGAAAAAGCGAACUGUAAAUCCUUAAUUCUUCCCAGACCACCAGGACGGGGGAAAAUUUAUUCCGGACUGAAACCUGUUUUGUAAUAAAAACUCUACAACCACACAAUUUCAAGCAUUAAAGUGAAUUCUCCAAAAAUAAUUCUGUCAUGAGCAUAUUAAAUCCAGUAACACAGACGUGUGUAUUCUUCAAAGUUCUAACUUAUUUUUUAUACUAUUUAUAUGCAGUCAUAUUGCACUUAGGAAACAAUCAUGUGAAUUUUUUUAUUUAUUCAUAUUAUAAUAGUUCGUGUGUACAUUAGAUUCAACAAAAAUGACACAAAACUCAAUGAUUGUGAAGUGCCAAUGAUUCAAUUAGUAGCACAAUGAGAACGAAUUCCUCUGCUGAGGCAUGUGAACGUGAGGCCAGCAGUCAAGCUAGUCGGCCUUGGCUCUCAGAGGGCUGUUACGCCACGGAUUAUUAUUAUUCCAUCUAUUCACCAUUUUAUGGGGUACGUACUUCCAUG